AUGGGGUUUGGAGAGAGAAAAGGGACAAUGAGGUUUCGCGAGAGGACUCCAAGCCCAAGACCCAGAAUGAGGUUUAAAACGAGCAAGAAACCAAAAGUGAAAAGGAAAAAAAAGAAGAAAGAUUUAGAGGAACUGAAGAAGGAGGUGGUCAUGGACGACCACAAAUUAACCUUGGAAGAGCUGAGUGCCAAGUAUUCCGUGGACCUGAACAAAGGUCUUAGCCCCGAAAAAGCAAAGGAAAACCUGCUUCGAGAUGGACCCAACGCACUUACUCCUCCUGCCACCAUUCCAGAAUGGGUCAAAUUCUGUAAACAGUUGUUUGGCGGCUUCUCUCUCCUGCUGUGGACUGGGGCCAUCCUCUGCUUCUUGGCCUAUUGUAUUCAGCUGUAUGCCCAUCAGGAACCUUCCAAAGAUAAUCUGUUCCUGGGCAUCGUGCUGUCUGUCGUGGUCAUCAUCACCGGCUGCUUCUCCUAUUAUCAGGAGGCCAAGAGCUCAAAGAUCAUGGAAUCGUUUAAGAACAUGGUGCCACAGCAAGCUCUGGUGAUUCGAGASGGAGAGAAGAUGCAAAUUGAUGUACAAGACGUGGUGGUGGGAGACCUGGUAGAGGUGAAAGGUGGAGACCGAAUCCCUGCUGACCUCCGGCUUAUCUCUUCACAAGGAUGUAAGGUGGACAAUUCCUCCCUGACUGGAGAGUCAGAGCCCCAAUCCCGCUCCCCUGACUUCACCCAUGAGAACCCUCUGGAGACACGAAAUAUCUGCUUCUUCUCCACCAACUGUGUCGAAGGAACAGCCCAGGGUAUUGUGAUUGCUACAGGAGACUCCACGGUGAUGGGCCGAAUCGCUACGCUCACAUCAGGCCUGGUGGUUGGCAAGACGCCCAUCGCUAAGGAGAUCGAACACUUCAUCCAUAUUAUCACGAUGGUGGCCAUCUUCCUCGGUGUCACUUUCUUUGGGCUCUCGCUUCUCUUGGGCUAUGACUGGCUGGAGGCUGUCAUUUUUCUCAUUGGCAUCAUUGUGGCCAAUGUGCCUGAGGGGCUGCUGGCCACUGUCACUGUGUGCUUGACCUUGACAGCCAAGCGCAUGGCRCGGAAAAAUUGCCUAGUGAAGAACCUGGAGGCGGUAGAGACGCUGGGCUCCACGUCYACCAUCUGCUCGGACAAGACGGGCACCCUCACCCAGAACCGCAUGACCGUCGCCCACUUGUGGUUUGAUUACAACGUGCAUGAGGCUGACACCAAUGAAAGACAGUUUGGGGAGACAUUUGCCAAGGACUCUGAUACUUGGAUGAUCUUGGCCCAAAUCGCAGGCCUCUGCAAUCGGGCAGACUUUAAAGCUCAUCAAGAAACCCUGCCCAUAGCUCAGCGGGAAACAACAGGGGAUGCUUCUGAGUCAGCCCUCCUCAAGUUCAUCGAGCAGUCCUACAGCUCCGUGAAGGAGAUGAGAGAGAAGUACCCCAAAGUAGCAGAGAUUCCCUUUAAUUCUACCAACAAGUACCAGUUGUCCAUCCACCUUCGGGAGGACAGCUCCCAGGCCCACGUACUGAUGAUGAAAGGUGCUCCUGAGAAGAUCAUGGAGUUGUGCUCUACUUUCUUCCUGAAUGGCCAAGAGUACCCAAUAGAUGAUGACAUGAGGACUGCUUUCCAAAAGGCCUACUUAGAACUGGGAGGCAUGGGGGAACGUGUGCUGGGGUUCUGCUUCUGCAACCUGCCUAGCAGCUUCUCCAAGGGAUUCCAAUUUAAUACAGAUGAGAUAAAUUUUCCUAUGGACACUUUGUGUUUUGUGGGGCUCAUAUCCAUGAUCGACCCUCCCCGGGCAGCUGUUCCUCAUGCUGUGAGCAAGUGUCGUAGUUCAGGGAUUAAGGUGAUCAUGGUAACAGGAGAUCAUCCCAUUACAGCCAAGGCCAUUGCCAAGGGUGUGGGCAUCAUCUCAGAAGGUGCAGAGACAGCAGAGGACAUUGCAGCCCGGCUUAACAUCCCUGUCAGCCAGGUGGAUACCAGGAACGUCACAGCCAUAGUGGUCCAUGGCGCAGACCUAAAGAACAUGAACUCAGAACAGCUUGACAGGAUCCUCCAGAACCACCCGGAGAUCGUGUUUGCUCGGACCUCCCCUCAGCAGAAGCUCAACAUUGUGGAGGGUUGUCAGAGGCUGGGAGCCAUUGUGGCAGUGACAGGUGACGGGGUGAACGACUCCCCUGCGCUGAAGAAGGCUGACAUUGGCAUCGCCAUGGGCAUCACUGGCUCUGACGUCUCUAAGCAGGCGGCCGACAUGAUCCUGCUGGACGACAACUUUGCCUCCAUCGUCACAGGCGUGGAAGAGGGCCGCCUCAUCUUUGACAACCUGAAGAAAUCCAUCGCGUACACCCUGACCAGCAACAUCCCUGAGAUCACCCCCUUCCUGCUGUUCAUCAUCCUCAGUAUUCCGCUGCCACUAGGGACAAUCACCAUCCUGUGCAUUGACCUGGGCACUGAUAUGGUACCAGCUAUCUCCUUGGCUUAUGAGACAGCGGAAAGUGACAUCAUGAAGAGGCACCCACGGAACCCGAAGACUGAUAAUCUGGUGAACCACCGUCUCAUUGGCAUGGCUUAUGGACAGAUUGGGAUGAUCCAGGCUCUAGCAGGAUUCUUCACCUACUUCGUGAUCUUGGCCGAAAAUGGCUUUAAACCUUUCGACCUGCUGGGUAUCCGCCUGAAAUGGGAUGAUCGCUCCGUAAAUGACCUGGAGGACAGCUAUGGACAGCAGUGGACCUAYGAGCAGCGGAAGGUGGUGGAGUUCACAUGCCAGACGGCCUUCUUCGUCAGCAUCGUGAUUGUGCAGUGGGCUGACCUCAUCAUCUGCAAGACCCGCCGCAACUCCGUCUUCCAGCAGGGCAUGAAAAACAAGGUUCUAAUAUUCGGGAUCCUGGAGGAGACACUCCUGGCCGCUUUUCUGUCCUACACUCCAGGCAUGGAYGUGGCCCUGCGAAUGUACCCACUCAAGUUGGCCUGGUGGUUCUGCGCCCUCCCCUACAGCAUUCUCAUCUUCGCCUACGACGAAAUCAGGAAACUCAUCAUCCGUCAACGGCCUGGCGGCUGGCUGGAGAGGGAGACAUACUACUAA